AUGGCCCGGCUCCCACUCACACGCACCCCUCUCCCCGCUCCCCAACUGCCCGGCUCGCCGCUCACGCGCUGCCCUCACCCCAGCGCCCGCCCGCCUCGCCGCCCACACAACCCUGCCCCGAGGCGCGGGCGGGUGCUGGCCGCUCACAAGCCCUCUGUGCGCCGCCAACCCUCGAAGAGCCCCGGCCUAAGCUCUCCGCCCGGCGCCCACGCCCUGUUCUGCGAGAAGCCCGUGCAGCCGGCCCGGGAGCUGCCCUGCGCGGCCGAGGGAAGGCUGCCUGAGGCGCGGCGCUAUGAGGGCCGGGGGGGCGGGCGCCUCCCGGGGCCGCUGCUCUGGGACUGCACAACCGCGAGCGGGAUGGCGGGUGUGCCUGUGGUUCCACUCCGUGGCUGUGGGCAGAUCGGUUUCGGCGGCUUCCCGCGCGCCGGGGACGCCGCCACUUCCUCUGCGACCCCCGCCGCCCCGCGUCCUCGAAGCCUCUGUGCGCGCGGACUGCGCGGUGGGCCUCUCGCCCCGGUGGCGCGCGGAGAGACCGGGAGACGGGCUGCUGGAGCUCAGGAAUAACGCAAAGUCAAGUGGACGAGGUGAUUUGAUACCAGCCAUCAAGUUUCGACACUGGUUUUUGCUAAGAAAUCAGCGCUGCACUGGAGCCCACCUGUGAGCUUCUCUGUGUUUGUGGGGGUGGCAGGGAGCAGUGGAGGGCUCCCAUCCCAGUGGGUGUUAGAAUUCUUGGAGAUGUCUCUCUCUUAUGAUCAUUCUGAAUUUUCUGUUUCCAUUUGAACAUUUUUUUAUCAUGGAAAAUUGCAGUAUUCUUAAAACCAGGGAAUAAUAUUACAACCUCCACCCCCAUGGAGCCAUCAUAUACGU